UUAAUUUCUUACAACAAAAUAAAACUCCAGUGAAAACUAACAAAACAUAAUACUGCUUAAUUCAAAUACAUAUAUUACAUUCUUAUCUUUUCAUCUCUAAACAUACACAGUUGAGCCAGUGUUCAUAACAAUGACACAGGAAGCUAUUCCCACACAUCAUGAUUUCCUACACAUUCCAAACCAGGCUGAUUGUUUGGCUGAUAACAUUAAACUUUUUUGUCGGCAGUUUCACCUUAUGUCACAUGUAAAAAACAGAUGUAGUGCCCUUGUAUUGAAUAUAGCUCACAUCCUGCAUAUCUGUGCCAUACCAAUGUUUCGGUUUGAGGUAUGAGUACACUACAGCCAAGUUCCCUCUGCAUAAACCAAGGUAUAAAAAUAUUUUCUUCAUUAUACAAAUAUAAAAUAAAUUCUAAAUGGUUUUGACAAUGGUGUACUCAUAUUAUACUCAGGAUUACUAAAUUUCUUUAGGUUGUCCAUCAUUUAAUAUUCUGAUAGACCAUAAUAUUUUGAAAAAGGGAUCUGUUUUCAUCCUCAGGUGACAGGAUGAGGAUGAAUCUACUCUGUAGGACCUGACAGAAAGAGCUACUGAGAUUAGCUAUUUCGAAUCGAUGUGGUUCACCAUCUUUACACCUGAGGAUGGAAACAGAUGAAAUUUCCAAAACACUGCUUUCUUUCAGGAUAGUAUGCAAUGGACAAAGUCCAGAAACUCAGCAAUCCCGAGACAAAUCUAACAAUUUGGUAGUUUCUGUGUUUCUUCCUGAUAUGAAACAGACAAAAAAAUUACUCACACUGUGGUCUUCUAGGUUACAAUGAUGUGUUGUACUCACAACAAGGUAGAUGAGCACCAACAUUUUGGAAGAACACAUUACUGCCAUCUUCAGGCAGAAAUCAUCCAAAUAGGGAAAACUGGAGGGUUAUGUAGAUGUGGUGUGAAAGAAAACGAUUCAUGGCGUACAAGAGAGGCAAAUGACAUGAAGAGAGGAACGAGAAACCAGGGUAAAGGCAGACCAGUGGGAACUGUAGGUCCAGACAAGGGCAAUUACACCAGCAGGGGGAGCGGGUAAGAAUUAAAACAUGCCAUAUUACCUAUUUGGCUUAAUUCGAUCCUGUAGAUAGGGGCAGAAUGGUCCUCCAAAACAUUGGUACCCCUUUACCAGCGAAAAUGACAUAAUAAUUCAGAACACAACCAUGAGAAUUACCACUGUUAUGAAACCUCCAAAUCUAUAUAAAACCGAGAUUCAUGCUCAAAUUAGAUAGUAAUUCAGGAAAUGCUUCUUAAUAUUUGGAUGAAACUGUUUGCCAGAAUACCAAACACUAAGAUAUAAAUGAAAUUGGAAGUUCUGUUGCUUUCAAGCAUGGUCUCAUUUCUGAGAUAUAUUAAACUGCAAAGAGUAGGAAAACCAAGGUAUCCAGAGAAGUAGCUGAGCCAAGAACAGAUGACAUAAGUAGGUAGUGGAGGAUGUUAUACAGUUAUCCAUAAAGGCCUCAUCUAUUUCGUUGAAAUCAAAACAAUGUAUAUGAAAUGGAAUAAUGGAAUACGGUGAUAUUUUCAUGCAGCAUGAGUGUGGGUGGGGUAGUGGGGGUGACAGGUCACCUGCCAGCAUGUCCGGGUGUCUCACUCAUCAGGACUUCCAGACCUCCCUCACUGCAUUUUCCAAGAACGCAGUUGCUUCGUCUCUUGUUCAUACACUUGACCCGUCUACAAAUAUUACCUGUAUUGAACCUUGGUUGCAGGACAAAAAGGAAAUUGUGUUGAGUGUAAUCAUGAGCUGAGAAGCAGGGCAACAGUGCACGAGGAUCUAGAUGUGAAGCUGACAGUGCACAAAUUUGCAGUGUUCAGUGCAAGAUAAAAAUGAAAACAGUGCAGUGACAUAGUGAAAUAGUGGUGGACUAGACAAGCUCAUAUCAGGAUCUCAGGUACCUUACUGAUAACCAGAUAUUGACUGUUUUGAACCAAGAUAAACAUUACAACUUGUGUUAGAAGUUCAACUGAAGAGGGAUGCCACUCUGUAAGCGAUUUUGGAACAAUUAAGCAUGAAAAAUGCAGACUAAGACCAGCUGGCGGCCAUCCAAGCAUAACUUUAAAAGGACACAAAUGCCAGACAGGAAGAACAAAAAAAUAUAAAAUAAAACCUGACACAGACAGAUGAAGGGCGCCAUUAUGGUGGUUCAGCAGCUAGACCCAAGCCUUCACAAAGUCAGUAGUGAGCUACAGAUUACACAACAAGAGUUGGAAGGGACAUGACUCGAUGUGUUUAUCCUAACGGUGGCCAGGUAACAACCUGAAAACAACCUUAAGUCAUAUUAAGACUGGCCAAUACAGCUUCAUGAAAUAUGAUGGCUGUGAGCAAUGGCAAUGCUACAACACAUGCCACUGAAGAGAAGUUCAUCAUAAAACAUGAAGGAGAAACAUAUGACAUUGCAAGGUUUCUGAAGUUUCACCCAGGUGGGCGGAACUCUGUGUCACCAUAUAAGGGGCUCUCAAUCACCAAGAAAUUUCAUGACAUUAACCAUUCUGCUGCUGCCACCUACCUUAUGAGAGAAUACAGACUGCAUGGCAUGUCACAAAAUUCUGCUGUUGAGGAUUUGGAGAAGCUGGUUGACUGGAGCAAACCAAUGCUUAGUCAAGUGGGCAAGCUAGGACCAUGCUACGAAGAAUGGGUGUCUUCUCCUGUGGACCGCAGGCUGCGGUUAUUCUACUCGGACAUAGCAGAGAACAUGUCUAUGACACCCUGGUACUUGAUUCCUAUUGUGUGGAUUCCUGUAUGCAUAUUUUUCAUUUAUCGGGGAUGGCUGAUGAAUCAACAGGCAAUUAAUGAUGGUGUGGGCCUGCUAUGGGCAGUGUGCAGUUUCCUGACUGGUAUCAUAAUGUGGUCCAUUCUGGAGUAUUCUUUACAUCGCUGGGUGUUUCAUAUGCAGCCACCAGCAACGUCACCAUUCCUCAUCAUGUUCCACUUCCUGAUGCACGGUUUACACCACAAGGUGCCAUUUGAUGACCGCCGUCUGCUCUUCCCACCCAUACCAGCAGCCAUAAUAGCAGCAAUAUUAUAUUCAAUGUAUGCAAUAAUAUUUCCAUCAUGGAUGGUGUCAUUCACUGCAGGAGGCACUGUUCUGGGUUACACUGUGUAUGAUUUGUUGCACUACUAUCUUCACUAUGGGUCACCAAAAGAUGGAUCAUAUCUCUAUUACAUGAAGCGUUACCACAAUCAGCACCACUUCACGCAUCACGAAUCUGCAUUUGGAAUAAGCAGUACUUUCUGGGAUAAGAUCUUCGGAACAGAAAUUGUCCUUAGGAAAUUGAGCAGAGCUCUCAAAUGGUGACCUUGAAAGUUCCCAACAUUGGAGAAGCGUGAAGCAGUGACCAAUUUUAUAUAGCCAUAAAAGUGUACAGUAUCUUAGAUUGACACAUGACUUCAUCUUUGCUGAGGCCACAGAUAGUCUCUCAUGGAUCUCCCCCUCCACACCUCUUUCUAGCUGUUAUGCUUCCCCUCCAAUAUAUUUCAAAAAAACGGACAUUGCUAACAAUAAUCUUUAUGAAAGACAAGUUCACUAAUAUAGGCCAGAUGUUUCUGAAACAUAAGGAACAGAGAUGGAACCUCAAGCACUGUUAUUCCUAACAUCUGUGGGUGUUCUUGCCAUGGCCUGAAUACAGCAGUGAGACUGUCGGGUGUUACAGUCAUGACAUACCAGAGCUGCUGUGGACGUGACAGCAUUUCAUGCAAUUUUUAUACCUAUGUAUGUCUAUAUUUUGGGUUGUUAAUACUGGGACACAACCUGAAAACUUUCACAUUUUAAAUUUUGUCUGCCUUGAAGUGCCUUUCCAUUAAAUUUCAAACAUUUUCAGUGAUUUUCCUGUUUUCUUUAUUUAAGAGCACUGUCAGUAUCUCAGACUACACAGUGUCAAACAACAGAAUGAUAACGAAUUGGAAAGGAUGUGGAAGGUAGCAGUAGUGGUUUCACAUAUGAUACAAUCCCAGCAUUUCCUGAAAAUGACCCAGCAAAAACUAUAAGAAAACUUGCAGCCCCAGCCAAGAUUCAAACUGAGAACCUCUUCAAUAUAAAUGUCAUUGCUUGAGUAAAGUAACUCACUUUUUUAAAGUCUGAAGCACUAGCAUGCAUCAUGCACAAAUGAUAAACAUAUUUUUUGAAGCCAAGAGAUAAAACUAAAAAAUAUGAAAAAUUCAGUUCCUACUGCACAUAAAACAUCACAUCACCAUUAAAAUCAGGUAAUGCUGUUUGGGAAAGUAAUCACUGUUUAGCCUGAGAAUAUUACUGAAAGACAAUACAGUCUGUGGACAAAAGUGUAGAGUUUCAGAAUAUUAUGCAGGGUACAUAUAGUUACCACUGUGCUGUGAAGAGAAGUACAAUAUUGACACAGUAUUUGUAAAGCUCUGUUAACAAAUUCAGUUGGUCUAAUGCAAAUGUUCUUUCAGAUAAUGACAUUCAAUAUGUCAUUGCUAUCUGAUAAUAUGACCCUGUUACUGUAGUUCUGAUCCAACAUUACUGCAAGGCAAACUGAUUCUAAACUCUGUCAAUGAUAUACUGGCAACACUGAUGACUAGUCACAUGAAGUAUUAUAAUUCUGAAAUCCAAAUAAAACAGAAAUAAUCUGUCAGCCUUAUCAUGAAUGCUAAAUCACAAUACAUGAUGUAUGCUGGAUCCGGUUUUCUUAACAUAAAUGAAAUUAGUACCACUUUUUACUUUGUAAAUCAGUAUUUUGUGUCCUUGUACAGUUUUUAAUAAAAUUACUUAUGUUAUAUAAAAAUUUGUUUUUGAUUAUAUU